GGCCUGGCUUACAGGUCAGCAGACUCCAGGAAGUCUCUGAAAGCCUCCUGCCCACUCCCAUCCCCUCCCAGGCUCAUUUACCACACUCUGUGUGUGUCACCUCCUCUCCUGGGUUCACUGGGCAGAGCCCCACUCUUACUCUGCCUGCCUCGAUCUUCACUCCACAUCCUGACAGGUUUUGUCUUUCCAUCUCACUUACCCUGAUGUCUUGGACCCAGCACAAGGCUUGGCGCCACAAUGUGACCAAGAGCAGGGCCGAACAGACCUUGGCAAACAUCUUGAUGUAUGACCAUCUUCUAUAGCAAAAGGCAUCUUCUUCGAAUGGAUGGGCAGAGUCUGGGGCUGUUGGACAUCAGAGGACAAAUACCGAAAGCUAAGCAGCUCCCUAAAAGGACAAGAUAGCUCCUGCGUGACCAGCAAGCCAGGAGACAGCUUCUCACACUGUAUGCUGGCAACCUGUCUAAUUUUUUUUUUAAGGCGAUCUUUUAAUAAACAAAACCUGCCGAUGGGUUCUAAUUUGUAUGUCUUUGCCUACUAGUGAGGUGAACAUUUUUCCAUUUAUUUGCCUACUAAAUACAUCUCUCCCCCCACCCUUCUAGAAUUAAGCUGCUGGUUUGCCAUAGGCACAGUUAAAGGAGGUUGGUCUCUUAGAAGAUGGCUCUGGGGGCAGAGUGGGGAGUGAGCUGGCCAGGGUCACAUGGAAGUUUCGGAGAACAGGAAGGACGGAGGCAAAAAGGCCUAGGGAAGUCAACCUGGGGACUAUCACGGGCCAAGAAGAGACUUCUGUGGCGGUUCUUCCUGUCUGCAUUUGGUUUCUUAGGCCUGUACUGUUGCAGGUUCAUUAUUUUCAGCCUCAUAGAAGACUCCAUCCCCAUGGGCACCUGCCCUACAGCCACAAUGCCUCUGAGGGACAAUUUCACAGGACUACUGCGCCACUGGGCCCGGCCUGAAGUCCCGACCUGUACCUCUUGGGGAGCACCAAUUAUUUGGGAUGGCACUUUCAACCCUCAUGUAGCCAGGCAAGAGGCGAGACGGCGGAACCUCACCAUCGGGCUGACUGUCUUUGCUGUAGGAAGGUACCUGGAGACGUUUCUGGAACACUUCCUGGUUUCGGCAGAGCAACACUUCAUGGUCGGCCAGAACGUGGUGUACUAUGUGUUUACGGAUCGCCCGGAAGCAGUACCCUACGUGGCUCUAGGCCGGGGUCGCCUGCUGCGGGUGAAACUUGUGCAGCGAGAGAGGCGCUGGCAGGACGUGUCCAUGGCACGCAUGCCCACGCUACACGAGGCUCUGGGAGGGCAGCUGGGCCAAGAAGCUGACUUUGUGUUCUGUCUGGACGUGGACCAGUACUUCACUGGUAGCUUCGGGCCCGAGGUCCUGGCAGAUUUAGUGGCACAGCUGCACGCCUGUCACUACCGCUGGCCCCGGUGGCUGCUGCCCUACGAGAGGGACAAGCGAUCGGCUGCUGCACUAUCCUUAAGCGAAGGCGAUUUCUACUACCACGCUGCGGUGUUUGGGGGCAGUGUGGCUGAGCUGCGCAAGCUGACGGCCCACUGUGCGACUGGCCAACAGCUGGACCGUAAGCGCGGCAUUGAGGCACUCUGGCACGACGAGAGCCACCUCAACAAAUUCUUCUGGCUGAGCAAGCCCACCAAGCUGCUGUCGCCUGAGUUCUGCUGGACAGAGGAAAUUAUCGGGAGGAGAGAGAUCCACCACCCACGCCUUCUCUGGGCACCCAAGCAGUAUGCGUGGGUGCGAAACUAGCAGCUCCCCCCAUCCCUCCACUCCCCCACCCCCCCACCCUCCACCAGGCAGGCGCUUAGCAUCUUUGGCACUAUGUAAGUCAAUUAGAGCCACUUAUAGCGCCUCUGGGAAGGGGGACUUUGGAACUCAGAGAUACUGAAAAGGGACUCCUGUGCCUGGGGCCUGUAGACCCUUUGUCAGCUGGGCUGGAGAGCCUUUUUGUUCCAACCAGAUGCAAAUUAUGGAAAGGUAAGAGUUUUGGCAGCUUUUGUAUCCCAGGUGCUUGUCAGCAGGGGCAUGCAGCAAGUACCACCUACCAGGAUUCAAGGUUUUUUGCAGAGGGCCCAAGGCCUUCCUUAGCCCUUGGCAGCAGCUAGCUAGUGUCUCCGCUUCUGACUGGACCUAGGUAUUGGGGUUCCCAGGCCUUAACAAUGACCAGUGUUGCUGCUACAGAGCCUUUGGUAUCUGAGGCUUGACAAUUGUCUGGAGCCAUUCCUGUGACCAGGACCUGCAGUUUCUCAUCUCUUGGUCCUCACUGACUUCAGCCUCAGCUCUCCGUCCCAUCAGCCUCUGCUGGCCCUUUUGUUCGUGUGCAGGUCCCUGUCUGCAUUUGUUCUGAUGCCUCUUCCUCCUCCAUCAAGCAGGCUUCUCAUGUCUGGAGUGUGGCUGGCUCCCUGACCCAAUGAGCACUUCCCUGUCAGCUCUCAAGCGGAUUGCUACCUUGCCGCUGUUGUGUGGCCCACAGAUCACGCGGUUGUCAUUGCCUCUGCCACCACCUCUGCUACGCUGGCUCUUCCUUCAUGUUACUGGACAGCCCUCACCAUUGGCAAGGCCAUUCAAGGGAAGCCUCUCAUGGGACCUAACGGUGCGGGGUCAGGAAAGCAGCAACAGGGGAGAGUGUCGGCCUUUCUCCCCUCCCCAGCCCCUGCAUGCUAGCUCAUAAGGGCAGCUGAACAUCCAGUGUUAUAGCCAUAAGUGAGAUGUUCGAACAGACCCAGCCUGGUCUCUCUGGAAUACUCCCAGGCGUCCCUUCUGCUAGACCUCUUCUCUGUAUGGAGUCUUCUAGAGUUCUCAAAGGCUUUGGCAGCAGAUAGUCUCUUUUAAAUAACCAUGGUUCUAUGGCUGUGCCAUCAGGAGCUCUGACUGUUGUGUGGGACUCUCAAGGUGUCCAUGGGCUGUGCAAGACAAGGGGUGCCGGCAUGGGGGUAGUGUAAUACCUGCUGGCGUGGGGAUCAAGUUGACUGCUUAUUUCCAGGACAAUGAGCACCAGGGGGAAUGUUAGCGUACCGUUAACACCUGUACUAAUUGUGAAAGCUUUUUGACAUUGCUUAACGCCACCCAGGGCCCCAGGAAGGGAUGAGACCCAGCCCCUUUCACCUCUGACCGUACUGAGUGCUUCUUUUGAAGUGAUAUUUUUAACAUGAGGAGACUGGGGCACAAAGAGGGACCAAACUGCCCAGACACGGGACCUGUUCGAGCCCUUGUGACAUCAGCAGCGGGAGAAUGAGAAAUAGACCUUCCUUCCAGCCCGACCCCCUUUAGGAGGGAGCCACUGAGAGAAGCGAGCAGGCAUUUCAGUCACAUCCUAGCUCUGCUGUACAGUCUCCCCUGGCCGCAGCACAGCUUGUGCAUAUUUGAGGAAUGCUAUAACAAACAAGUAAUU